AUAUUUCUUUCUAUAUGCCUCGCUUUUUUCUUGCCUUUGAACUUCUCACUGCACACUAGAGCCUUCUCGGUUUUGUGCUUCUUCAUCAACCACCCGCCGCCUCUAUUAGUUCUCUGAAAUCAAAAUCGUGCUCCAGAGAUGGUGAGACACACUCUAUUACCUGAGGAAAAGAAGAGCACAGAAUGGCUUAGAACUCUCUUGCAUAGCACUUUUGGCCAUUGUGAUGAUCAUCAACACCUUAGGUAUAAUGAGAAGAAUGUUUUCUGUAUAGAUUGUGAACUUAGCUUGUGCAGGCAUUGCAAGGGAGCUCAUACCCUCCAUAGAAGGAUUCAGAUAUACAAAUACGUUUACCAAGAUGUUGUUCGCCAUUCAGAGUUGCAGAAGUAUUUUGACUCCUCAAGAAUUCAGACCUACAUAUCAAAUAAUGAAAAGAUCAUACAUCUCAAUCCUCGGCUUUCAUCAAAGAGUACCAAACCAUCAAAGAGAGAGAAAUUUGUUGAUGUAAGUACUCCUGAAUCCCUAUCCCGAGAUACCAAACCGUCGAGCAAAUCAAAGUCAGGAGGUGUUUGUGAAGAAUGUGGAAAGCAUUUACAAGAUGAGCGUAAUUGCUUCUGUUCCAUAUCAUGCAAGAUCUCAGUGAUUUCAGCGGAGCCAAAAUUAAUCAAUUCUCCAAAACCAGAAGUUUCUGACCAUUCUCUGAAUGAUAAUCAGAACUCAGAAACUGAGUCAUCAAUCUCUGAGGCAGAGCCAUAUGAGAGAGCUGAGGUUGUGAUUCCAAGAAAACGCCCAAGAAAAGCCAUCCCUCAUAGAUCACCUUUCGUUUUGAUUUCCUAAAGUUAUUAUCACGUUUCCUCUGUCUUUCUUUCUUCUGUGAUUUUAUUUUUCACCAUUUUUUUGGACAAGUUCAGUUGAAACCUUUUAAGGGAAACUCAACCCCACUAUUCACCAUAUUGAAUUCAACAGCUGGGAGGUUGAGAUUCUCUUGCUAUGAGAAAAGUAACAGGGUGAGCUUGUACAGCAUAAGGGCAAUAGUACAAUUUAAAUUGAUGUUCUUAUGUGGAAACUUUGAAUCUAUAUAGCAAGAAUUUCAUUUGAAA